AUUCUACCACCUAUAAAAACCCAUGCCCAGUUUCAGUCCUCCAUCUCUUCACUACACCUAAAACAAUUUCUUGCUCUUCAUUUCUUGAGUUAGCAAUGACAACUUUCCUCUUCUUCACCACUUUGAUCCUAACCCUGCUGAGGGCUCUGAAGGCUGAUCCAACUGAUGGGUUCAGCCCUGUUUCGCUCAGUACUGCAAAUUUUCAAGUUCAGAAGCCUUACGAUGUCCCUGUCAAUCAACGCUAUUCCUACGUUGGUGGUGUUCAUAAACUGUGGGUUUAUAAGACAGACAAACCUUUUUCUGCUGGUAGUACUACCAAACCUCGUACUGAAGUUCGCAUUACUGGCUACGAUUACACUUCAGGUGUAUGGCAAUUCGAGGGUAGUGUCUAUGUACCCUCUGGAACCACUGGUGUUAGCGUAAUGCAAGUUUUUGGAGCAAGCACUCAGGCCACAACUGCUAUGCUAAGAGUCUACAAUCCAUCCCUCACAUACUACAGAAGUCCUGUCCUAAUCCCCAACGUCUACAACAAAUGGUAUCGCGUCAAUGUGAUACAUGACACAGGUGCUGGGAGAGUUAGAGUGUACAUUGAUGGAGCUUUCAAGUACGAAACUAAUGAUAAUGGUCCCGCUACACAUUACUUCAAGUUUGGAGUGUAUACACAAGACAAUCCUUCUGAUUAUAUGGAGUCUCGUUGGACUGGAAUCAGAGUUCUCAAGAAAAACUGAGAUAUUGUGGCAUAAUUAUGGGAUAUGUUACGCCCAAAAUUUGGAGUUCUAAGUAUCUUUAAUAAGUAAUAAUAACUGCACUUUGGCUUGAUGGUUGUUGUUUCUCAGUGAAAAAUAAUGGUUGCGUACAAUUCCCUGUACUGCUUUUAUUUUGCAUUAUUGAAGUAAUAAUUACUGCACUUAUUCAAGGUUUUGGAA